AUGCCCGAAUUUUUCUUUGCCAACUCAACAGACAAGAUCCCCGGCAGCAAUGGACAUCUCCCGGUUGAUUUCAAGAUAAGAGCGCCUCCGUCGACGGAUAUCUGGUCCAAACCUCCUUUUACAAUCAGUUUCAACGCCCCCAUUCUGUACCAGGUUGUGUCCCUGACGUCGUUCAAGAGGGCCCGGGUCGCGUUCAAUGCCCGGUGGACAGAGAUAUAUGAUCAAGCUGGUCUUGUCCUCGUCCUGAAUGGCCGUGACGGCGAUCGCAAAUGGGUGAAAAGUGGUAUCGAGUUCGCACACGGCAGACCACACCUCAGUACCGUCGCCAAGGAUCGUUGGGCAGACUGGAGCCUGCUCCCUGUCCCCUCAGACGGUCACGCUGCAACCAUUGAAAUAGUCAGGGAACCUGACAACAGCUUGUGGGUCUAUCAGAUCCAGGGGAUCCAACGAUUUCCCAUCCGCGAAGUCACCUGGGUAUUUGAGGAAGGCGGUGCUACCGAGGAAUGCUGGAUUGGUGUGUAUGCAGCCAGACCGUCUAGCGAAGGAGGCGAUCUGACCGUCAACUUUGGGAACUUGGUCAUAGAGCAGGCUCAUUAG